AAAAAAUGGAUGCUCUUUAUUACCCCAGUGCUUUUGACAUGGAAACCAGCUCCCAAGAUAUGAACUUCUCGUUGCUGAACAAUGUGACAGAGAACGAAACCUUGGCCACGCUGCCCCCCUCCAAAGACAUCCACAAAGUCCUGAUUCCCAUCAUUUACCUCCUUGUAUGUGCAAUUGGACUCAGUGGGAACACACUGGUCAUUUAUGUGGUUCUGCGUUACGCCAAAAUGAAAACCGUCACCAACAUUUACAUCUUGAAUUUAGCAGUAGCUGAUGUACUCUUUAUGCUUGGUUUGCCAUUCUUGGCAACUCAGAACGCCAUCUCCUACUGGCCCUUUGGAUCCUUUUUAUGCCGGCUGGUGAUGACUGCAGAUGGCAUUAAUCAGUUCACCAGUAUCUUUUGCUUAACGGUCAUGAGCAUGGACCGCUAUCUUGCCGUGGUUCAUCCUAUCAAGUCUACCAAGUGGCGACGUCCCAGGGUGGCCAAGCUGAUCAGUAUAACCGUCUGGACUUUCUCCAUCUUGGUGGUGCUUCCAGUCAUUAUAUAUUCAGAUGUCCAGGAAGACUUUCAGACCUGCAACAUGAACUGGCCAGACCCCGUCAACAUUUGGUCAGCAGCCUUCAUCAUUUACACGUCGGUCUUAGGGUUUUUUGGCCCCCUGCUUGUGAUCUGCCUCUGCUACCUGCUGAUUGUGAUUAAAGUCAAGUCCUCUGGCAUCCGAGUUGGGUCCACGAGGCGCAGGCGCUCGGAGAGGAAAGUAACCCGCAUGGUCGUCAUCAUCGUGGUCGUCUUUGUGUUUUGCUGGCUGCCGUUUUACAUCCUGAACAUCGUCAAUUUGAUAUUCAUAUUGCCAGAGGACCCGGUGUUGCUCGGCGUUUACUUCUUUGUGGUGGUUUUGUCUUAUGCCAACAGCUGCGCCAACCCCAUCCUUUAUGGAUUUCUCUCCGACAACUUCAAGCAGAGUUUUCAGAAAGUCCUGUGCCUCCGGAAGGGGAACGGCAUCGAAGACGGAGACCCGAUUGAGCACAGGCAGGAAAACAGCAGCCGUUUGCAAGAAUCGAUGCUAACCCAGAGAAAUAUAGAGUUCAAUGGACACAUGCAAACAAGUAAGGUGUAAGGCUACAGCUUAGAGAGGAAAAAACCCCCCGUAAAUAACUUGUAGAGGUGGAAAACUGGGGAGAUUAAAAACCAGUGAUAAUAUCUUGGUACAACUGACAUCCUCCGACUCAGCAGCUCAAACAAAUGUACAUAGUUUUUUUCCCCCCCCUCUCCUAGGUAAAGGUAUUAUGGAUGAGAUCGGGUUUUGUGGAACGCUUACGGCAACGUAGCCGACACCGGUGAACUUAUGCAACUCCUUUCUUUUUUCAUGUACUCGGGAAUGGGUUUACUGAUAUAGUCUGCCUAUUUUGUGCUGGUCUCGGGGAAGGAGGGUGAGCAACAUUCUGCAAAAACCUGUUUAAACCAUCUUGAUACGUUGAGUGGAUGGUUACUUUAUAUUGCCACGAUCCGCCCGAAGCCAAAAGUACCGUAAACUCGGGUUAUUUCACCAGGCCGAGGGGCAUGCAAAUAAUGGCAGAAUAGCCAAUAGCGACCAGGAGUUGAGGGAUGGCUGAGAAAGGAGGCGGCGGAGAGGAAAUCAGAACAAUGGCAAAUUAUCCAAUAGGCAAAUUAAUGGAUUAUACAGUCAACGUUGGUCAAUUUGGCCCAACCUGUGCUUGAAAGUGUCGUCAGUGAUAUGUCCCAUUAAAAAAAAAAAGAAAAAAAGCACCAUUUCUUCAGGCGCAGUUUUCAGCGUAACCCAGGUCAUAGCCCUGAUCUGGGACAAUGUACAUGCCCGCGGUUUUGAAAUGCUGCUUAGUCCAUCUGCAUUGUUUUGCUGUAAUUAACCUGAUGAAGAGAAUCGGAAGUUACUAUUCAAGGAGGGCGUCAAUACAUUUCAAGCAAAAAAUUGCAAAAAAAAAAAAAAAAUUGAGAAAAGGAAGACCAUAAGGGGAUGAAUAUGAAAUAAUGAUAAAAAAAAUCCUUCAUAGUACUUUUUACAUUCUAAAGCAAGUUGCUUAUAAAAUGUAAUCUCAUCACUUCAUUACUAUGUAAAUGACAAUGAUUGUGAAGUCCUGAAAAGCU